AGUUGCUUUGAUUCGAAUCCGAUAAUCAAUGAGGGUCAAGCGAUUUGAAAAAUGGAAAUUAGGGUUUGGUGCUCCCGCUUCACUGCCCCGUUCCGUUCCUUGAAAAGUCCUAUAAAAACCUCGCGUCCACUGCUUCUUCCUUGCCCAAAUCGCACGGCGACGUUAGAGCUAGCGACUGCUGCAUCGUUGCCACGGUCCCAGGUGGCCCUUAAUCUUCUUCUCCGAUCCGCUGCGGCGGCGCUUUUUUGUAUAGUUAAGUGCCUUGAACAUGGCGAUGGAGAUUACACAGGUUCUGUUGGCAGCUCAAUCUGCAGAUGGGCAGAUUCGAACUGUUGCAGAAGAAAAUCUUAAGCAGUUUCAGCAACACAAUCCUCCUCUUUUCAUCCAUUCAUUAUCAACUGAAUUAUCAAAUGAACAAAAGCCUCCUGAAUCUCGAAGACUUGCUGGUAUUAUACUGAAAAAUUCUUUGGAUGCAAAGGAUGUUGUUUGUAGGGAAGAACUUACUCAGCGUUGGGUCAGUGUGGAUCUGUCUAUCAAAUCCCAAGUGAAAGAGUCCUUGGUGCAGACACUUGGAUCAUUGGUUCCUGAAGCACGACACACCUCUUGUCAAGUCAUUGCUAAGAUUGCAUCCAUUGAGAUACCUCGACGUGAAUGGCAGGAGCUUAUAGUUAAGCUCCUGAACAACAUGACUCAGCCAGAUUCCUCUGCUCCAUUAAAGCAAGCAACAUUGGAAGCAUUGGGCUAUGUUUGCGAGGAGAUAUCACCUGAAGAUCUGGAGCAGGAACAAGUAAAUGCUGUCCUGACAGCUGUUGUGCAAGGCAUGAACCAAAUUGAAAAUAAUUCUGAAGUCCGUCUUGCAGCUGUCAAGGCUCUCUAUAAUGCUCUAGAUUUUGCUCAGGCCAACUUUGAAAAUGAAACAGAGAGGAGUUUUAUCAUGAAAGUUGUAUGUGAGAUUGCUAUGGCUAAAGAACCAGAAAUCAGACAAGCAACUCUCGAGUGUCUUGUUUCAAUAGCUUCUACAUAUUAUGGUUACCUCGAGCCAUAUAUGCAGACUCUUUUUACUUUAACUGCGAAUGCAGUGAGACGAGAUGAGGAGCCUGUUGCUCUUCAAGCCAUUGAAUUUUGGAGCUCAAUUUGUGAUGAAGAAAUUCAUAUUCAAGAGGAAAGUGAAGAAUAUGAUACUGGUAAUUCUCCACAUUCCAAUUUCAUUAAUCAAGCACUUCCUAUGCUUGUGCCUUUAAUGUUAGAAACACUGGUAAAGCAAGAGGAGGAUCAGGACCAGGAAGAUGGUGUCUGGAAUUUGUCUAUGGCUGGGGGGACUUGUCUUGGACUCAUUGCAAGAACUGUUGGAGAUGCAAUUGUUCCCCUUGUGAUGCCGUUUGUCGAGAGUAAUAUAACAAAGGGUGACUGGAGGUGCCGUGAGGGAGCUACUUUUGCAUUUGGUUCAAUUCUUGAAGGUCCAUCUAUUGAGAAACUUGCACCCCUUAUUCAUUCUGGACUUGAGUUCUUGUUGAAUGUAAUGAAGGACCAGAAUAGUCAUGUCAAGGACACAACUGCAUGGACCCUUGGUAGGAUAUUUGAGUUCCUGCAUUCUGCUAGUAGUGAAUAUUCAGUUUUAACUGCUGCAACCCUUCCACGGGUCAUGUCUGUUUUAUUGGAAAGCAUAAGAGAUGUUCCAAAUGUGGCUGAAAAAGUUUGUGGAGCCCUUUAUUUUCUUGUGCAGGGUUAUGAAGGUGAAGAUUGUAGUUCAUCAAUCCUCACACCUUAUCUUGGUGAUAUUGUUACAGCUCUCUUAUCUACAGCUGAUCGUGUAGACACAAGCAAUCCCAGGCUUCGUUCUUCUGCUUAUGAAACACUAAAUGAGUUAGUCCGAUGCAGCAACCUACGUGAAACUUCAAACAUGGUCAUGCAACUCCUCAUGGAAAUAAUGAAUAGAUUAGGUAAAACUUUGGAGCUACGGAUUGUAUCAUCCGAUGACAGAGAAGAGCAGAGUGAUCUGCAAGCCCUGCUUUGUGGUGUACUUCAAGUAAUAAUACAGAAAUUGAGUAACUCAGAUGAGACGAGUUCCAUAAUAAACCAAUAUGCUGAUCAGAUGAUGGUCUUAUUUCUACAAGUUUUUUCUUGCCGUAGUUCUACUGUGCAUGAAGAAGCGAUGCUUGCUGUUGGUGCCCUUGCUUAUGCUACAGGGCCUCAAUUUGUUAAGUACAUCCAAGAGUUUUACAAGUAUUUAGAGAUGGGUUUGCAGAAUUUUGAGGAGUAUCAAGUCUGCUCAAUAUCGGUAGGUGUUGUAGGCGACAUCUGCAGAGCAUUAGAUGAUAAGAUUCUUCCUUAUUGUGAUGGUAUUAUGAGUCAACUUCUGAAGAACCUAUCAGAUCCUGUUCUGCAUCGAUCUGUCAAGCAUCCUAUAUUUUCAUCUUUUGGAGAUAUUGCUCUUGCAAUUGGUGAGCACUUUGAGAAGUAUAUUCCUUAUGUGAUCCCCAUGCUGCAAGGAGCUGCAGACCACUGCUCUGAGUUGAGUCCCAAUGAUGACGAUAUGCAAGAAUAUGGUAAUCAACUUCGACGUGGCAUUUUUGAGGCUUACUCUGGUAUCCUUCAGGGAUUCAAAAGCUCUAAGGCAGCACUGAUGCUUCCUCAUGCUAACCCUCUUUUGAAGUUCAUUGAAACUGUCGUUAGUGAUAAGUACAGGGAUGAGGAGGUAACCAAAGCUGCAGUUGCAGUGUUAGGAGAUCUUGCAGAUGCUCUUGGUCCGAACACAAAAGUCCUGUUGAAGGACCACAGUUUUCAUGUUGAUUUACUGGGAGAGUGUAUUCAGUCGGACAAUGACCAAUUGAAGGAAACUGCUGUUUGGACACAAGGAAUGAUUCACAGGGUAUUAGUGUCAUGAGGCAAGAUUUAUAUACUACCACAUUGCAUUGAACGUGUUCAUCUACUUUCCCCUUAGUCUUUAGCAGUGUAUCACAGUUUCUGUUCUUAUAUUAUUUCUGCCCUUCUUUUGUGUCCUUAGUGCGGUUGUUUUCUUACCUUGGUUAAAUGUUCGAUACGAAGCUCGAACUUGGUUUACAGUCCACUGGUUUGUGGUCAGAAAACAUGAAAUUCAUUGAAUUGGCUAAGAUUGUGCAACUGCACUGUUGCUUAUGUUCUGCGAAACUGUUCUCUUUGCCUUUUUUUUUAUUAGAU